AGGUCGUCAUUUCGACGUUGUUAUAAAAACAACACGGAGGUAUCUCGUUAAGUUUAGUUAUCUAAGUGUGUCUUCGAUAUAUUCUACGUUCUGUUAACCGGCAUUCUUGCGUUUACCUUGUGGAUAAUAAGGAAGAGUGUAACUAGUUCGGCGUGGAUUAAUACGACCGAAGAGUUUUGUACUAGUGACCGCGAUCGUUGGUAGUCUGGUGUCUGCUGCUAAAGGUUUUAGAAGUGAUUUGUGUAUAGUUUGAGCAUUUCAUAAUCCAUCUUCCAUCUCCAAUGGCUGACCAGUUGACCGAAGAACAAAUUGCUGAAUUUAAAGAAGCAUUCUCUCUUUUUGAUAAGGAUGGAGAUGGCACUAUAACAACUAAGGAACUUGGUACAGUGAUGAGAUCUCUAGGUCAAAAUCCAACAGAAGCAGAACUACAAGAUAUGAUCAAUGAAGUAGAUGCAGAUGGUAAUGGAACCAUUGACUUUCCUGAGUUCUUGACAAUGAUGGCAAGGAAAAUGAAAGACACUGAUAGUGAAGAAGAAAUUAGAGAAGCCUUUAGGGUUUUUGAUAAAGAUGGAAAUGGAUUUAUCAGUGCUGCAGAGUUACGCCAUGUUAUGACAAAUCUUGGUGAAAAGCUUACGGAUGAAGAAGUAGAUGAAAUGAUUCGUGAAGCAGACAUUGAUGGUGACGGUCAAGUCAAUUAUGAAGAAUUUGUCACUAUGAUGACAUCAAAGUGAAGACACCCCCACUUCAUUUGUAAUUAAAAUUCUUUUUACUUCAUGUUUUGCUUUCAUAACGUUUGGUGUUAAAAUAGCUUCAACAUUUAAUUGGUCUCGGUGUUGCUCUGUAAAAAAUUUUUGUACCAUAUUAAGAAAAUGCCAGAUGCAUGGAUGUGACUUGUCCUCCAUUUUCUUGUCUGUGUUCCAUCAUACUAGACUGUCCUGUACUUUUGUAAAUUUUCAACAUUCAUUAAAGUUAGUCUUUAUGUCAAAGUAUAUUUGUGUUUAUAUAAUUGCCUAAAUAUUCCAAUAUUUAAAGUGCUCCAUGCAGUUAGGUUUGACAAUUCUCUCAAAACAGUAACAUUUUGCUUGAGUAUUUGCAAUGUUAAAUUUGUAAUUAAUGUUGUUUUAUCGAUUUUUAUUAAUGUUGAUCUGAUGCAGCUUGUUAAAACAUUCAAAAAAAAUCUUAGAAUCAUUUUUUUGCUCUUAAUCAUUUUGAACGUUAUCAUUUGUAAUGUCUGUUUUCAGAUAAAAUAACUAGUAAUAAAAACCUGUCUUUAAUUAGUUUAAAAUCAUGUCAGAUUUAUUAUGGCUUGUGUGUUGUCAGUUUUUUUUCUAGAUGGAGAGAGAUAUUAGACUGUAAAUCUAAAGACUAAAAAGGUCUAAACAAUCAAAGCUAUUUACCAUUUAUCUGGAAAUAAUUUACUCAAUGAGUAAAUCUGGCAAGUUACCAAUAAGAAAAGUUGUGUGUGUGUGUAUAAGUUCCAAUUCUGCAAGAAGUUGAGCUCUGGCUGACUUAUUUCGGUGCGAAUUUUGUAAAAUAUACUUUCUAUUCAUUGGUAGAAUACAAAGGACCGUGAAUAUAGUAAUGAGUAAUUUACGUUUGUCUUUAAUUUCAAUUACGAUGAAUCAAACUUAUAAAUAGCACAGUGAUCUAGCAAGUAAUCUUGCAAGGAAGUUUAUGGGUGUAGAAAAAAACGGUCGAGGAAACAGGUUUGAAAAUGUGACUUGUAAAUAAAAUGUUGUGUCGAAAUAAAUGACAUAUUGAAUGACUUAGU